CCGGCUUUUCAUUUCUCGUUGAAGACUUCCCUGACUCACUUGAUGUUGGAGAGCAGACACCGAUACAACUUUCAAAAACCCCGGCGAACGGAAACUCGGAAACUUUUGCAGAAAAUAAGACAAUCAACUUGCUGCCACCAAAAUGCCUACAGACUUCAGCGGAGAGUGGUUGAUGGUGAGUCACGGUGAGCUGAGUAGUGAUCUAAUGGAUGCGAUGGGUAUCCCUGCAGAGGUCCGCCCCAGUCUACCGAUCAAGACACUCACAGUCAACAUCACACAGGAUGGAGAUCAGUUUGAGAUAUGUAGCAAGACUGCAGAACGCAGUAAUAGCUACAGUUUCCAGGUUGGGAAGAGCUUUGAGACUAGCUUGGUCGGCUUUCUACCCAAGAUGACGGUGACUGCGUCGUGGGAGGGCGAUAAACUGCUGUUCACCGCUGAGAAUGAUUUCAAGAUGGUUCGUGAGAUCAGAGAAGGGAAGAUGAUAGCCAUUGUAUCAAAGGGUGACGUCUCAUUCGAAGUGGCCUUCGAAAAAGCAUAGGAUGUAGCUUUCGCGAGGCGGGAUGACGGGAUCGAGAGAGUUUAUGUAAACCGACUAGUGGUAUCCGACUGCGACCCGAUUCUCGUGUAAUUUGAAAUAGAAUUGAUGAGGGUUCAUUUCGUGGGGCAAAGCUGCUUAACACUAGUUACCCUGCGAAAGUGACUCGACAAUGAAUAAAACUUAGCGUUAUUGCAGUUAUGGAGUAUUGUGUGUUUUUAAGUCAGUUUGUAAGUGUGGCUGCAUCAUUUGAUUUAAAAUGUGUGUAGGAUUGUGUAUUUUACUUUAUCAGACAGGAUAUGCCCCCCUAAAAAUGCAUUGUAUUUGUAUCAACAAGCAUCUAAACCUUUAAGCUUUUAGCGAUUAAGGAUUUGGCAUCUGUGUAUAUAUUUUAAUUCCAUUAAUCGAAGUUUCAUGGUAUUCAGAAAAUGAAUUAAUCUGCUUAAGAGUUUGUAGUAUAUCGAAUGAGAACCAGUUGUGUUUGGAGGCACGUGUCACGGGCGGCACUUGAGAGGGCGCAAAAACAUGCCAAAAAAGUCAAAGAUAAAGAUCAAAAGGAAGAAAAUAAAGAAGACCCAAAAUGUUUCAAGAGGAUUGAUGUCCCCUUGAUACAUAAAAAAAAAUCUUUAUAGGCUUUAAGUUUUGACAGCUCAAUGAUCGCCUUGCUUCCUCACAUAUAUGAUUCCUCUCAGAACUAUUCUCAUCCAUUUGUAGUUCUGAAAUUACCUUCUCAAAAGCAUGAUCGGAUUCCAGUUUUUGUAAAAUUGCACGGCUUAAACAUUGAUUUGAAAUAAAUGUAACCCUUGAUCAAAGGGGGCAUGCAAGGUUAAGGGUGCGCAGGAAAAGAAAUGCGCUUUGUUAAUAAGCAGAAUGUGCAAGAAAUAGUAGAUUGAAUUUGUCGCCACACUACAAUAGAGUUAUUUUAGUGCAGUUGGGAUAGGGGUACACCUUACGGUGUCUAUGGUGUCUGAGGUAUAUAAAAUGCAUUAGAUACGCCACUAGAGAUCAGUAGCCUACAAUUUAUUUACAUGCAAUCUGAGAUAGAUUUCGGUUUUUGUUCUGACUGCGGUAUUAAACAAAAUAGAGAGUUACUUCAGUUUGUGUUAUUAUUAUUAAACCAGAUUUCUAUCUUCUUAUUAAACAUAUCUUCUGGUAAUCGGCCUGUAUAGAGUCAAACUUGUUUUUUUUUUUCACCUCACCCUCUUCUAUUAAUCUAUCUCUUACAGAGACCUCGAGAUAUAGAGAAAGCUUGCUAAGAUGUAAGUUCUUCCAUUUUCUCUAACAGUUUUUUUUUAAUUCUUGUGCAGAAUUGAAAGUAACAUUGAGUCGCAAGACCUCCAGGCAGAUUAGAAAAUAAAUCUCCGUGUAAAUAUAUUUUCCUAUUGCUUGAAGCCUCAGUAAACAAUUUUUCGAAAAUCAAAAUUUGAUACGACUUAUAACUUAUUAAAGUUAACUAAAAGACACGGGAGGAUAACAAGUUUUAGAGCAUUUAAAAAAAGUAUUAAGUUGUUCGAAGUUCAUUGUAAUUCUCGCCAAUAAUUAGUUGUAUUCAAUCAUUGUAUUUGGUCUUCGAUGUUUUACCUUUGGUAUAUCUGGAAUGAUAGUGUGAUAUACUUUGGGAGCCUGAAGACUGAGUUAUUUGCUGUAAAAUAGUUUUCAUUUUUUAAUUGUCGAUAUUAGGAAGAGAUGAUGUAGAGUAGUUUAUUGUUUUCAAGUGAUGAAGAAGAAGGAGAAAGGAAGUAUAUUGGGAAAGAAACGAUUGAACCAUGCAAUUACCAUAAUCGAACUGUUAACUGCACUUCUCCCUCAUAUACAGUAUAUACUGGCGUUGUGGCCGCUGAAACUAUCAUGACAAAAUUUCCUUAUUAUGCUGUAUUUCCAACAUUCAGUGAAUAAACAAAUAAUGGUAA